ACAUGGGACAGUAUUCCGAGCCGUGCACAGGACAGGACUAGUCUUUCUCCGGGAUCAUGUUCGGACUCAACCUGGGAAUUUUCUUUGCACUUUUGUCUUUUCUGUUGAUGGUCGUUUUGUGUCAUGAGCAGGAAUAUUUCACCAGAGAUUUGAGGAAGAGGGAGAAGACGGAUGGAGGGAAAAGCUUUGGGAAAGUUUCAGAAAGACGACAAGAAGCGAGGGAGAACGGAGAGAUGGAGAGACGGACGGAGGGGAAAAAACAAACGGAUAAGACAGUGAAAGUGUCAAAAACCAAACCAGAGAAACUGAAGAAGAACUUCAACAGUGUUUCAGACGGAGAGCAGCUCAAGUCCACCACAGAGGAGUGUCCUCCGAUGGGACUGGAGACGCUGAAGAUCGACGACUUCCAGCUCCACGCCUCCUCCACCAGACGCUACGGUUUAGGAGCUCACCGCGGACGCCUCAACAUCCAGGGCGGUCUGUACGAGGAUGACCUGUACGACGGGGCGUGGUGCGCGGGCAGAGACGACGCCCUGCAGUGGCUCGAGGUCGACGCCCGGAGACUCACCCGCUUCACCGGAGUCAUCACCCAAGGGCGCAGCUCGCUCUGGGCGAGCGACUGGGUGACGUCCUACAGGGUCAUGGUCAGUAACGACAGUCACUCCUGGACCACACUGAAGAACGGCUCCAAGGACCUGAUCCUGAAGGGAAACUGGGAGAAGGAGAUCCCGGUCCGGAGCCUGUUCCCGAGUCCCGUCGUGGCCCGGUACCUCCGCAUCAACCCCCAGACCUGGUACCACAAGGGAGGGGUGUGUCUGAGAGCAGAGGUGCUGGGCUGUCCUCUCCCAGAUCCAAACAACUAUUACCACAGAAGGAACGAGGUCAUCACCACAGACGAACUGGACUUUAAACACCACAACUACAAAGAGAUGAGGCAGUUGAUGAAGGUGGUGAACGAGCUGUGUCCAAACAUCACUCGGAUCUACAACAUCGGGAAGAGCUUCAACGGACUCAAACUUUACGCCAUCGAGAUCUCGGACAAUCCCGGAGAACACGAAGUCGGGGAGCCGGAGUUUCGCUACACGGCCGGUUCCCACGGUAACGAGGUGUUGGGCCGCGAGCUUCUUCUGCUCCUGAUGCACUUCCUGUGUGUGGAGUAUCUGAACGGAAACCCGCGUGUGCGCCACCUAGUGGAAGAGACCAGGAUCCACCUGCUGCCCUCUGUCAACCCCGACGGCUACGAGAAGGCCUAUCAAAUGGGCUCCGAGCUGAGCGGCUGGUCUCUGGGUCGUUGGAGUCAGGAGGGCAUAGACAUCCACCACAACUUCCCAGAUCUGAACUCCAUUCUGUGGGAGGCCGAGGCCAAGAAGCUGGUUCCCCGGAGAGUCCCCAACCACCACCUGCCCAUCCCCGACUGGUACCAGCAGCGCAACGGAUCGGUGGCAGUAGAGACACGAGCCCUGAUCUCGUGGAUGGAGAAGUUCCCCUUCGUCCUGGGGGGAAACCUCCAGGGGGGGGAGCUGGUGGUCACCUUCCCCUACGACAAGACUCGAUCUGUGGGUGUGGUGCGCAAGGCCAGCCCCUCUCCAGACGACCAUGUGUUCAGAUGGUUGGCGUUCUCUUACGCGUCGACUCAUCGCCUCAUGACGGCGGCUCAGAGGAGAGUCUGUCACACCGAGGACUUCGCCAAAGAGGACGGCGCCAUCAACGGGGCGGCCUGGCACACUGCACCCGGGAGCAUGAAUGACUUCAGUUACCUGCACACAAACUGCUUCGAGCUCUCCAUGUUCGUGGGCUGUGAUAAGUUUCCUCAUGAGAGCGAGUUGCCAGAGGAGUGGGAGAAUAACAGGGAGGCUCUGCUCGUCUUUAUGGAACAGGUGCACAGAGGAAUCAAAGGAGUGGUCAGAGAUCUUCAGGGUCGACCCAUCGCCAACGCCACAGUCUCAGUGGAGGGCAUCAACCACGACGUCAAGACAGCCGCAGAUGGAGAUUACUGGCGCCUGCUGAACCCGGGGGAGUACCGCGUGUGGGCCCGGGCCGUGGGGUUCGGGCCCAGCUCCAGGAGGUGUGAGGUGGGCUACGACCCCACGCCCACCCCCUGCCACUUCACCCUCACCAGAACCAACCUGUCCCGCAUCCGAGAAAUCAUGGAGCGCUUCAACAAGCAGCCAAUCAGACUGAAGCACCUGCACGCGCCACGCAGCGACGGGCCAAUCAGAGCCAGGAACCAGGAACAAGGACCAAUCAGGGAGAGGGACGGGAGGGAGGGGCGGGACUAGGAUCAGCCGGAUCUGAUCAAACGGGGAAUAAUUUAAACGCUCGACUCAGAGAAGAGAAUUUUAAUAUACCAAAAAAAAAAUUUAAAAAAUAAAUAAAAAUGGAGUCCAGAACACAAACUUUACAAAGAUGUGAGUCUGGGCGUGAUUGACAGGUGGAUCAGCCAAUCAGAGACAGACAUGGUGGAAAAAAUAAAAGGAAAUUUGAAUUUUCUAGGUGGCGCCGUUGAGUCUUGGGGCAGGGGACAUUGUCGUGAUGCCAGUUUUAUCCAAUUUUUCGCCGAACCCGUUGAUCCUACACCCAGUUUGGGACUUUUCACGCACGUUCAGGGGGCGAAAAAUACGACGGAAGUGGCGGGAAAGAAAUAAAUAAAAAGAAAUCGAUGAAGAACAACGUCCCUCGCUGCCAAAAAUAUCACUGAAAAAAAAAAAGGCGGAUUUCUGCAGAAUCAGUGAGCGAAGUUUAAACUGUGAGGCGAGAGAAAUGUCAUUUUGUUUGUGAAUCACAGGCGACCAAUGAGCUUCUUCGUUUCACACGUGUCACGGAAAUAAACGAAUCUGAUUGGACGAUUAUGUUUGGUUCUGUCUCGAGCCGCGACGGAGGAGCGUGACCAAACUGAAUAA